AUGACUCGACAACAUUUUAAUGUUUGCAUUGUUGGUGGAGGUAUGAUUGGUAAUGCUUUGGCCAGUGCUCUUGCAAAGGCUAAAUAUACCAACGGUUUAAAGAUUGCCAUGAUUAAUCCUGCUAUACAAACAAAUAAUAAUUUCUUUGGAUCGGGUGCUGGUUCUAUUGGAAUUAGAACAAGUGCCUUGACCGGAACAUCAAUUAGACUUCUUGAAAAGAUUCAAGAUAAUUCAAAUCCGAUACCAAUGGCUAAAUAUUACGGAAUGAAAGUUUGGGAUCAGGAUGGAAACUUUUUAAAUUUGGAUCCUAAUGAGAAUGAAUUUAAAGGCCCAUUUGAUAGUUUAGGUUCAUCUAUGUUGGCUCGUUCAUUAUCAACAAUUGGAGGUCAAUUAAUUAAUACUGCUAAAAAUGUUAAUGAAACUUUGAUCAAUAGAGGAGUUGGAUUAAAUGAUGAAAUCAGUAAGGAUGGAACCAUCGGAGCUAUUGUUGAUAAUAAUGAUAUUGUUUUAAAUUUAUCGGAAGUACUUAAAAAACAAGAUAACGUAUCACUUUAUGAUGGAUCAGAAUUGAAAUCCAUAGGAAAUGAUCAAAAUGUUAAAAAGCUUCUUCUUCAAACAAUUGUAGGAAAUGAGAAAAAGACAGAAGAAAUUACUUGUGAUUUAUUGAUUGCAGCUGAUGGCGCUGCCUCAUUUGUGAGACAAUUCUGUAACUUCCCAUUCUAUUCUUCGAAGUAUAAGCAAAGAGCAUUUGUAACUAAUGUUUUUGUGGAUACAGAUAGUGUGCCCUGCACUGGUAAGAACAUGUUUUGCUACCAACAAUUCCAAGGUGAUGGACCUAUUGCCAUGCUUCCAACCAAACAAUCAAAUGUUAGAAAUAUUAUUUGGUCUACUGAACCAUCAAAGGCUAUAAACUUGGAGUCGACCUAUAAAUCUGGAAAACAAUCACAAGUUUUGGAAGAAAUGAACACAAUAUUUGGAAAGUUAAAGAUUGUUCCAAGUAUACUCACUGAAAAAUCAGAAACUGUAAAUUAUUUCCCAGCUGGUAGCUUCCCACUCCAAAGACUUCACUGUCGUGAAUAUGUUCAACCUGGUAUUGCUUUGGUUGGUGAUGCUGCUCAUUGUUGCCAUCCUAUGGCUGGACAAGGUGUUAACAUGGGAUUUGUUGAUGUUAUUCAACUUGUUAAGGCAAUUCAAAAGAGUGUUAGAUCUGGAUCUGCUGUUGGUGAUUAUUCUGUUUUGAAGAGUGAAUAUGAAAAGGUUCAAUACUCUAGAAAUGAAAUGUAUUUGGAUGGUUUAGAUGCAAUUAAGGGAGUUUUUGAAGCUGAAAAUCAUGUUGAAUUGCUCAAAGGUUUGGGUCUUGCUGGAUUUGCUAGAAAGGUUGGUAUGGAUAUUAUUAACGCCAAUCCUCUCAAUUUGAAGAGUACUUUAAUUGGCACAGCAAUGGCGGUUGAUGUAGACAUGAGUCACAUUAAUGCCAUUCAAAAUUAAAGAUAAUACUAUUCUUUCA